CUACGAUGGCGGGCUUGGGUCCACGAGCUGUCGGCGAACCAUGUGCUAACGGUGUUGCGGACGUGACGCCGUGACGCGCUAAUGGACCAUAUGUAGACAUCGCUCGCUUUUAGGCUGCUUUGUCACCGUCUUCCGUUCAACUUCUCCCGUCUCUUUCCCUCAGCCUCAGGGAAGUCGAUUCACUUCAGUCAGUCAGUAAACCUCACGUCUGCCCGCCUUGAAAAUGACGCUCAAGGGAACGAAUCCAGAGACUAUACAUAGGGUCAAUGGCUAUGGCAAGGAUAGCUACACCUAUAUUCCCGUCGUUGUGGUCGGUGGUGGCGAGAGUGGUAUUGCGAUGGGCUGUAGGCUGAAGCAGAAGCUGGGAUUCGACCAGUUCCGCAUCUACGAUCGGCAGAGUGGUGUUGGAGGUACCUGGUGGAUCAAUCGGUAUCCGGGCGUGGCUUGCGACAUUCCGUCCAUUCUAUACUCUUUCUCCUUCGCGCAGAACCCGAAUUGGACUUCCUUCUUUCCCCCGGGCCCGGAGAUGCAGCGGUAUCUUGGAGACGUGUGCGCCAAGUUUCAGAUCGAGGACAAGAUACAGUGCAACGUGGAUGUGGAGUACUGCAGGUGGCUGGAGGAAGAGAAGCUCUGGGAGGUUGAGCUGAAGCACCUCGUCCCCGGCGUGGGCGAUUUGGGCGCCAAGGCAAGACAAGCGCUCAUUGAUCGGGACGGUCCUCAGGCAGUUGUGGUUGGGCGUGAGACUGUUCGCUGCAAGGUUCUUGUCAGUGCCGUUGGAGGACUGGUGGAGCCGCGAUCGUGGCCUGAGAAUAUCCCCGGCAUUGAGGACUUCAAGGGCCCGGUCUUCCAUUCGGCACGAUGGGAAGAGCACCACGACUUCAAGGAUAAGGAUAUCAUUGUUAUGGGCACGGGAUGUAGCGCGGCGCAGCUGGUCCCCAAGCUCACGAAGGAGCCCUAUAAUGCGAAGAGCGUCACUCAGCUCAUGAGGAGUCCUCCCUGGGUCAGUCCCCGCACUGUGCCUCCGGGCGGCAACGAGGCCUUCGCAAAGUACGCGCCGAAGCUGUUCAAUAACGUGCCGGGACUACAGAACGCCCUGCGGAAGGUUGUAGCUGCCGUAGUAGAGUAUGACUUCCGGUACUUCCGCGGAGACGACUUCGCGGCAAAAGAGCGAGCGAGGUAUGAGGAGAGACUGCGACGGCACAUCAAGAAGACGACUCCGGAGAAGUAUCACGAGAUCUUGACGCCGAAUUACGGUGUUGGGUGUAAGAGGAGGAUUUUCGACGCGACCUGGUACCCGGGUCUGAAUGAUCCCAAGAUUGAAGUGACGACGCAGCCCCUGACACAUGUGCACGAGCAUACUGUUACUAUCGGGCCUGGCCGGACUUAUCCUGAUCCCAAGGACACCUCAUCGAAGGCUCCGAUGGAUAAGAAGGAGAUUCCGGCUGAUAUGAUUAUCAUGGCGAACGGCUUCGAUACAACAGUCUGGCUUCAUCCGUUGGUCGUAAAGGGGCGCAACGGAGUCGAUCUUCUACAGCAGAUGCAAGAUCGCGGUGGCCCACAACUAUACCAAGGCACAGCCAUGGACGAAUUCCCCAACUUCUUUGCCAUUUUCGGACCAAACACCGCGACGGGUCACACUUCUGUCAUUCUGGCCACGGAAAACAUGGUAAACUACAGCUUAAAGUUCAUCAAGGGCAUCCUCAACGGCGACAUCGAGCAAGCCGAGAUCAAGAAAGAGGCCGAAAUCGACUACACGACGAAACUGCAGAAGAAGCUGAAGACGAUGGUGUGGCAGUCAGGGGGAUGCCAUAGCUGGUACUUCAUGGAGAACGGAUGGAACCCGACGGUGUACCCUUGGUCGCAGAUACGGUUCACGUACCGCUGCAUGUUUCCGAGAUGGCGCGACUGGAACAUCAAGUACACGACCAAGGGACUGUGGAAGCUGAGACUGCAGGCCAUCUUCAGGCUUCUGGCGAUUACAAGCACGAUUGCUGUGCUGCUCAAGAUGCGAAGUAUGGGCUUGGAUAGUUUGGAGAGUAUCAAGUCAGUGGCUGGGUUUGCCCUGCAGAUGGGGGUCGCACGCGGGAUAUCUUCCUUGAAGUCAGUACAAGCCUCCCUGCAGGCUUGAAAGAUGACGGUUAGAGAGCCGAGGAAGCGUUCAUGAUGCCUGUGUAGAUGCACAUAGAGUAGUAUGACUGUAGUAAAACAUAUAAUGCGAUGAAUCAUACCAGUUUCAGACGGCC